ACAGUGCUGAUAGAGCUGCCGCUGGUCUCACACAGGGAGCUGUGUUACUGUUCUCUCCACGAGCCUGGAUUAUAACUAUGUAUUUUGUCAUUACUGCCAUGAAAGCUCAGAUUGAAAUAAUCCCCUGUAAGAUUUGUGGAGAUAAAUCAUCAGGGAUCCACUACGGGGUCAUCACCUGUGAAGGCUGUAAGGGUUUCUUCAGGCGUAGUCAGCAGAGUAACGCCACCUACUCGUGUCCUCGCCAGAAAAACUGUCUGAUCGACCGAACGAGCCGAAACCGCUGCCAGCACUGCCGUCUGCAGAAAUGUCUCGCUGUGGGCAUGUCCCGAGACGCUGUAAAGUUUGGUCGCAUGUCUAAAAAGCAGCGGGACAGUUUGUACGCGGAGGUGCAGAAGCACCGCCUCAAGCAGCAGCAGCAACAAGGUCACCACCUCUUGUCCCAUCCCAGCCUCGGCAGCCCGAGUCCAGUCGAGUCCGAGUCGCUGUCCUCUCACUACACCCUGUCCUCCACCGGCCUCACAGAGCUACCUGAUGAGGGGGGACAUUACGUGGAACAGAACUCGCCUGAAGGCGGAUCUUUGUCAUCUAAGGGAGACUCUGCAGGAGGAGGGGAAGGAGGUGGUGGGGGGUUCUACUUGGAUAUCCAGCCGUCUCCGGAUCAAUCCGGACUUGAUAUUAAUGGCAUCAAACCGGAGCCCCUGUGCGACUAUGGAUCCAGUAACGGCUUUUUUCCAUAUUGCUCCUUCAGCAACAGAGACGUGCCACCCACGGUGCCCAUGGCUGAGCUCGAUUACUUGGCCCAGAUCGUCUCCAAGUCUCACCUGGAGACAUGUCAGUACCUCAGGGAGGAGCUGCAGCAGAUGAGCUGGCAGAGCUUCCUUCAGGAUGAGGUGGAAAGCUACCAGAGCAAGCCUCAGGAGGUGAUGUGGCAGCUCUGUGCUGUGAAGAUCACAGAGGCCAUUCAGUAUGUGGUGGAGUUUGCUAAACGCAUCGACGGCUUCAUGGAUUUGUGCCAGAAUGACCAGAUCGUACUGCUGAAAGCUGGCUCUCUGGAGGUCGUCUUUCUACGAAUGUGCCGAGUGUUUGACUCGCAGAACAACACUGUCUUCUUCGAUGGGAAGUUUGCAGGUCCUGAAGUCUUCAAAGCUUUAGGCUGUGAUGAUUUCAUCACGGCGGUGUUCGACUUUGCUAAGAGCAUGUGCUCGCUGCACCUAUCAGAGGACGAGCUUGCUCUCUUCUCAGCGUUCAUUCUGCUUUCUGCAGAUCGGUCGUGGCUGCAGGAGAAGCUGCAGGUGGAGAAGCUGCAGCAGAAGACUCAGCUUGCUCUGCAACAUGUGCUGCAGAAGAACCAGAGAGAGGACGAAGUCCUGAACAAGCUCAGAUGUGAGGCGUCAGCGUUGCGUUCGCUGUGCAGUCGACACACUGAGAAGCUGUGCACGUUCAGAGCCGUUUACCCGGACAUCGUUCGAUCGCACUUCCCUCCUCUUUAUAAGGAGCUGUUCGGUGCUGACCUCGAACUGACCCUGCAGAACAGCGACUGAACUGUCACUGGCACCAAAGCCGGUGUAUCCAGACAGAUUGCGCCCAGUUUCCAUAGACACUGCGGACGGGGCGGCGUCCUACACAGCCGAAGAUGGCGACUGUGCAGCUGCUGUACUUCAUCUCCUGGACACCUGACACAGACACAAAGAAACCCGAGUUCAUCUUCUCCUCAGUUUGUUUUUCCUCCUCCUCGUCCUCCUCUCGUGUCUGUGAGUUUGCUCUGAGGAGUCAGGUGGUCUCAUUAGCCCACGUCAUGUAUCCAGGCUUCUGAACCUGGAUCAGACUCACCUCUAACAGUACUCGCACUGAUACUUGUUUUUUGUUUCGUUUACCUGAUUGUUAAAGCUUUGAGUUUCCUGCGUUUGUUGGAGAGAAUGAUGUUGGAUCCAUUGACUUGUCCACAGACAGUUUUACUUUAUGAUCAAAAGAUUAAAAGGUAGCAAAAAUAAUUUCCUAAUUUUAAUUUGCAAAGUAAAAUUGUUCUUAUCCUUUGUGAGAGUGAGUGCAUAUGAAAAGCACCACAUUCACACAGCUGCUUCUACAACUUUGGAUACUUUGUGGAAAUAUUAUGUUACAUUGAUCAUAGUCUCAGCUGAUAUUAGCAAAAUGAUCAAAUAAUCCCAACGUCCUCUUGACUUCUAUCCAGUGACAUCAGUUGCAACAUUUUCAGUGCUAUUUACUGAAAAUACUGUAUGAGUCAUUGCUCAGAUACAUAGCACAGCACCACAGCCGUGAUCUCCAGUUCCAAAGUGACAAAAACUGCAUUUCCUUUAAUCACCACUUGAUGCUAGCUCUGAAAGUGAGUCGGUGCAUAGAGACUCCUAUGUUGGAAUGCCAAACUUACAAAACAAUACAAACAUUUAUUUUGGAAUCUGUAGUUUUUUAACUCAUCCAUUUAGCUUAAAGUCAUUCAAUUCAAUUUUAUUUAUACAGCGCCAAAGAAGUCGCUUCAAGGCGCUUUAUAUUGUACAG